AUGCGACUUCUGGAACGGCUGUAUUUCCCAUUAAGGAAGCCUCAAUUGAUCCAGGUGCCGAUACGCCCCCUCGCCCGGCCAUACCUCUACCGUCCUGCCGCGGCUAUGGAUCUGUCUACGGAUGCCACUGAGCGUAAGGGCUCGGUGCAUCAUGACACCCAUGCUACCCCGCCACAAUUUAUUCAGAAAGAGCAUUGGCGAUAUCAAAGCAUGCGCAAGGCCGACCUUGAUACCGAUCCAAACAUAUUCGAUCUUAGUAAACGCGAUGAGUUCAGUGAAGAACGCAAAGAUAUCUGGCGCCCCGCAGGCAUCAUCCCAGCGGCUCAGAUUGACGCUGCUUGCCAGGCGUAUGCAAGGGGCAAACCACUCUCUGUACCUGCACAAGACGCACAGAUCUUCGAGCAUCGUGACUUCCCCGGCCUUCAAGUCAUCUCUGGGCUCCUCCCACCUGAGACGCAAGUUCUUUUCACGUCAUGUCUGAUGCACAGAGACCUAGCAGAUCCAGGCCAUAAGAUCAACCUCCAGGCGGACUAUGACAUACCAUACCCCCCGAAACCAACGUCAGAUGGACUGCGGUUUGAUAGUUCCUUCUUCCUUCGCCAACGGUCAGAUCCGGAUGACUGCCUGACCCCAAAGCUUCCGGACAAGUUGAAAUCUCUGAACAACGAGCAAUUCUUGUACACCAAGCUUCGUUGGCUGACCCUCGGCGAGCAAUACGAUUGGCCAACGCGUAGUUACGCAAAGCAUGCGACGCCAUUUCCAGAAGAUCUAUCAACGCUUGUGACGGGUCUUUUCCCACAUAUCCGGCCUGAAUCUGGCGUGGUUUUGAUGUACUCAGCCAAGGAUUUCAUGCCUGUGCAUCGCGACGUCAGCGAGCAGUGUCAACGUGCGCUAGCGAGCUUCAGCGUCGGAUGCGAUGGAAUCUUCAUCAUGGCUCGAGGGGAAGAUGACGGGGAAGGUGAGAAUGCUCCACGAAGCGUUGCGAUUCGAGUCCACAGUGGCGACGUUGUGCAUCUCACUGGCAACGCUCGUUGGGCUUGGCAUGCGAUGGCGCGUUCAAUACCAAGCACAUGCCCAGAUUACCUUGCAAACUGGCCAGCUGGCACACCUGGUUCUACGGCAGCUGAAGAGAAGACUUACAAGAAGUGGAAGGGCUAUAUGGGAACCAAGCGCAUUAACGUGAGUUGUCGGCAGGUCUGGGAUUAA